UACACUACUAUUAUUAUUGUAAUUGUUACUGUUACUGUUACUGUUACUGUUCAGUUACAGUUCGCACUCCGAAAAAUAAAAACUGAACAACAAAUUUCAACCUUCAACAACCAGCACCAUCCUAACACUAACUACUAUAAAGACUUAUACACAUCCUUAUACAAUGUCUGAUAUCUUAGAAAAAUCAUUGGAUGAUAUUAUAGGAGAAUCCAAACCAGCCAGAAGAUCUGGAUCUUCACAUUCUUAUCAUCAAUCUCGUAGAGGUGGUAGUGGACCAAUUCAUCAUAAGAAUUUAUCGAGAUCAAGAAUACAUAAACCUUAUGAAAGAUUAACUAGUCGAUCAUCUAUUCCUGCAGCUCGUCCUAAUUCUACUUUAUCAAAGGAUAUUCAAGCUUUAGCUGGUUCUCGUCCUGUAUUAAGAGUUAAAAAUAUUCAUCCUGAUUUAAAUGGUGAAGAUUUAUCUAAUUUAUUUGGAAAUGUAUCACCAGUAGAUUUUGUUAAAUUUGAUAAUAGAAAUGAUGAUAUAGCUUAUGUAUGUUUUCAUAAUGAUAAUUCAAGAAGUAAUGCUGAAGCCAUUGAAAAAUAUAAUGGAAAGAAAGCUAUGGGUCAAAUUCUUAGUGUUGAAAAUGCAAGUUCAUUAGCUGAAAGAAUUAAAAUUGUACCAGUAAGUGAAAGAAUAAAACCAAGACCAACUCCAGCUCAUUUUUCAAGAGAUUCUCGUGGUCCAAGAGAAUCAAGAGAUUCAAAACCAAAACCAAAACCUGCUGGUAGAGAAAGAAAACCAAAGCCUACUAAAAAAUCUCUUGAUGAUUUAGAUGAAGAAUUGAAUGCAUAUAUGAAUUCUCAAGCAAGAGAAGCAGAAUAUCAAUCUUCUGAAGCUGAUACAACUAAUCAGUCUGCUAUUAAUUCACAAGAUAUCACUAAUUCAUCUCAACCAACAGAAGCAGGUGAUGAUUCGGCCAUGUUGGAUUAAACAAAGCAAAAAUCCAUGUUAUUAUUAUAUGUAAAUUGAUUAAAAUAAAUACUUUUUAUAAUGUACAAAGAAUGCAAUAUAUCUAAAUAUACAAAGAGGCUAAAG